AUGAGCGACGAGUACGACUUGGUGGCGCCAAGAAGUAAGCGGCUGAAGACCGACGACACCAGCAAUGACAGACGCGUGCUGUACGUCGUCCUCGAGCACUGCUCCCUCGAAUCGGCCAAGAUCGGAAAAGACUACGUGCUCCUCUCCAGCGACAAGCACGCCACAUUCCUUCGCAAGAUGAAGCGCGACCCCGCCGACUACCGCCCGGAUAUCGUCCAUCAAUGUUUGCUCAACCUUCUCGACUCGCCGCUAAAUCGAGCCGGCAAGCUUCAAGUGUUCAUGCACACUGCGCAGAAUGUUUUGAUCGAAUUGAGUUUUCCGCCUCUAAUGAAAUAUUCCAAUUUUUGUUCCGAAGGCGUUAUGCUAACAUUUCGCUUUUCAGUCCAACUCCUCCACAAGCUCAGCCUCCGCGCCGCCGACACAUCGCAGAAGCUGUUGAAUGUGAUCAAGAAUCCGGUGUCUAACCAUCUACCCGUCGGCUGCAGAAAGUUGCUGAUGUCCUUCUCGGCAGCCGAGCUGACGAUGCCCAACAAAUUGGUGACGAAAGAGGCUAACGAGCCGAUCGUGGUGGUGAUCGGUGGGAUCGCGAAGGGGAAGAUUCAAACAGACUACACGGAAGGCGAUCUGAAGAUCAGCAACUACCCCCUGUCCGCCGCGCUCACCUGUGCCAAGAUUACGAGCGGCCUCGAAGAACUCUGGGAUAUCAUC